AGUCGAUCGCUGGAUUUUUCUUUUAAGUUCUGCCGGUCACCUGAUUUCCCGCCGUCUCUUCCCUUUAACUGUUUUUAUUGCUACUUCUUAAUUUUUUUUUCCCUUUCCUUUUUUUGCCCUUCCUUUCUUGCAUCACUCAUUUGCUUAAUCAUGCUUUAUCAGUAGGAUAUGUUUUACAUUAUGUACCCGAAUGAAUUGUACGCGGAGGAGAAUCGGAUGACUAAAAGUAUUUUAACUACACAUGGAAAGGUUGCCGUUAAAACCGCACCAGAAGUCAUUGUGGUAGUUUAUGGCCACAAUUAAGCUGGGCUCGUAUGACACACAAUCGCAAAUAAAUCCAGCGUAGUAUAUCUUGUACUUUUCGUCGAGGGAAACGUGGCCGAAGUCCGGAUCAGGAAGCUUUCCUCUGUGGUUUUCCUCAAGUAGAAAGAAACACUUCGUGCUAAUCUUUUUAUAAAACCGUCCUUUGGUAGCAGCCUGAAGGAACGCCUCUCCCGUCUUCCCGUUUAUAGAAUAUGUACUAUGGAACAUGCUGGAGAAUAUGAAACGCGGCCCGCGACAUCACACAUGUAUCAUGUGGAGAGACCAGUAUAUAGCCAAGGGUUCCUUCACGAGCAGCUGAAUACGAAGGACAAAAAAAUUCAGCCUCUUCGUCAGAAGAUAGCACAUGCUCUCCGCUGUUCUUCCAAGAAAGCCAAAUCUGUCCUUUAUAGUUUUUUCCCGAUUUUAACCUGGCUUCCUCAAUAUCCCGUGAGAGAAUAUUUGAUGGGAGACGUCAUCUCGGGGAUCAGUACGGGAGUCAUGCAGCUGCCUCAAGGAUUAGCGUAUGCAUCGCUGGCUGCCGUUCCUCCAGUGUUUGGCCUGUAUUCUUCAUUUUAUCCGGUCUUUCUGUAUACCUUUUUUGGAACUUCCAGACAUAUAUCAAUAGGAACCUUUGCUGUCAUCAGCCUGAUGAUUGGCGGAGUGGCAGUGAGAGAAGUUCCCGAUGAAUUGUUUGAGAUGGCGGACACCAACUCAACUAAUGGGACCGACGCCAGAGAUGCCAUGCGGGUGAAAGUAGCCGUGGCGGUCACUUUGCUCUCAGGUAUCAUACAGUUGUGUUUAGGACUGCUUCGUUUUGGAUUUGUAGCCAUUUACCUCACGGAGCCCCUGGUACGCGGAUUCACCACUGCAGCAGCUGUGCACGUCUUCACUUCUCAGCUGAAGUACCUGCUUGGGAUCAAUAUCAAACGAUUCAGUGGCCCCCUCUCUGUUCUUUAUAGUUUGAUUGCGGUGUUUUCCAACAUCACCAAAACCAACACGGCCACUUUAGUGGUUGGGCUCAUCUGCAUCGUCCUGCUACUGAGCGGCAAAGAAAUCAACGACCGUUUUAAGAAGAAGUUGGUGGUUCCAAUUCCCCUGGAGAUCAUUGUGGUGGUCAUCGGCACUGGAGUUUCAGCUGGAAUGAAUCUGUCCAAGACUUACGACGUCGAUAUUGUCGGGAACAUUCCUAGCGGGUUAAUCCCUCCUCAAAUUCCUGAUGUCAGCCUCAUCCCGGCUGUGUUUGUCGAUGCCAUCGCUAUCGCUCUUGUUGGGUUUUCCAUGACCAUCUCCAUGGCCAAAAUCUUCGCUCUGAAGCAUGGCUACACGGUGAAUGGAAAUCAGGAACUCAUCGCGUUAGGCAUCUGCAAUUCCACCGGAUCCUUUUUCCAGACGUUUGCUAUCACCUGCUCGAUGUCUCGGAGCCUUGUUCAGGAAGGCACAGGUGGGAAGACACAGAUUGCAGGGACCCUGUCCUCAAUCAUGGUUUUCUUGGUGAUUAUUGCCAUUGGUUAUCUCUUCUCACCUUUGCCACAGACUGUGCUGGCAGCCAUUGUCAUGGUCAAUCUGAAAGGCAUGUUCAAACAAUUUGGGGAUAUUGUCCAUUUUUGGAGAACCAGCAAAAUUGAACUGGCAAUUUGGAUUGUAGCGUUUCUCGCCUCGGUUUUUCUGGGCCUGGACUACGGCUUACUCACGUCGAUCACUUUUGCGGUGAUAACCAUUGUCUACAGGACCCAGAGUCCCCAAUAUAGAAUCCUUGGCCAGAUUCAUAACUCGGAUAUUUAUUGCGAUGUGGAACUGUAUGAAGAGGUAAAAGAAUGCCCUGGGAUUAAAAUAUUCCAGGCAAAUGCACCGCUCUAUUUUGCCAACAGUGAAUUAUUUACCAGCGCAUUGAAAAGAAAGACUGGCGUGGAUCCCCGUAAAAUAUUGGCGGCAAAGAAAAAAGCGCAAAAAAGGCACGCGAAGGAACUAAAGCGGCUGGACGAACAGCAGAAGAAAGCUGUUUUGAAGUUGACGAAUGAUGUGGACCACAGCAUGAAACAUGAAGUGAUGCAAGACGAAGUCUCGCUUAAUGGGAAAUUCUCAGCGGCCGAAGCAACUCCUCAAGAUGUCUCUCCGGGGGAACUGGAACAUUUUAUGACACCAGGAAGCAAAGUCCACUCCAUCGUUCUAGAUUUUUCACCUGUGAACUUUGUGGAUUCAGUUGGAGCCAAAGCCCUUCAGUCAAUCAUAAAAGAAUAUGAAGAAAUUGGCGUUUCAGUUUAUAUAACUGCCUGCAAUGGCUCUGUUAUGGACAACCUCACUAGACUGCAUUUUUUCGAGAAAGCAUCCUUACGAGAUUUGUUCUUUCCGAGCGUUCACGAUGCCGUCCUCACCAGCCAGCUGAAAGGCUUCUCUUCCACCUAUCUUUAACUCAUCUCCUCCACUCCUGAACUAGGUGGAUCUAUUUCCAAGGGCUCCCGUAGACCUUUAUUUAAUUUGCACAGAUGGCGGAGCCGAAGACUAGCCACUCCUACGGGUAAGGUGUGCGUCUACACCCACACCGCAACAGCCUGUGUUUCCCUGCCAGCCCUUCGGCUCGAAGACUCCAGAAGCCUUAAUCCUUUCCAGCGUUGUACCUUUUCGCUGAAAUUCACAAGUUUGUCGAUGGACGUGUGGGAUAAAACGCAAAUAUUUGUACAACACGGGAAGAUUUGGCCGCCGUUUGGCCGUUUUCUUUCUGAGUUUCACGGGGCAAACAAUAUGAACGCGCUCUUAUUUUAACGGCGCGUUCCUGUGCAAGAAUUGGGAUGGAUGUGGAAAGGAGCACCGUGUGGGUGGAGGUGCGAUUGUGUGUAUUGUGUGCGUGAGAGCGCUGCUCUAACUUGAAAAUGCAAGCUGUGUUUCCAGAUUUUCAGUUCAGAAAUCAAGUGGCUUUCGUCCGAUGAACUACUAAGUGUAAACACUUUUUUUGGAACCCAUGAGGAGUUUAACUCCAUUUUAUAAAUGAUUAUGACUGAAGAGUAAUAGAUUGUUUUCAUAUAAAGGAGGCUCCUGUACUGACCUAAUAACCUUAAGCAAGGUGUAUUUAAAAUUAGCUGGGAAUGAAAAAGAGUGCAACUAGUUAGGUAAGAGGGGAAAAAAACAUAGCACCAAAAAUCUACUUUCUACACCUAAAGCUAGCGAGGCCUAGUUAACUGCAGCUAGCUACGAGUCGUCUGGAAAGGAAAAAAAUGAUGUUUUCCAAAAUAGAGGGUCCUGUUUGAUGUAUUUUCGGUGCACUUGACACAUCUUUUAAGUCACAAAAAAAGAUUGUUCUAAAAAUCUCACAUCACUGGACUCCUAAGGAAGUUGGUUUCUUGAGACAAUUCUCAACACAACGAGCAUUAUCAAUUUAUGUCCCGUUACUUCCAGCGGUUGGUUGCAAAAAAAUAAAAAUAAAAUCUGUUUUGUUGACUAGAAUGCAGCCGGAUGCCCUAUGCAAGUUUUAUUUCGAUAGUGCUUCCUCUCAGGUAGAUAAAUACAGGGUUGAGACAUUGCCGCCACGAAGCAGCCGGAAAUAAAAAAUAAAAUGGAGGAAUUGAGCAGAUAAUUCAAUUUCUCCACAAUUAUACUUAAUAAGCCUUAAGCAUCUAGGGAGGUUUCUGCCCCUCGCUCCCCAAAUACAGUUCCUGCCUUUCUAACGUUGCCAAACUGAUAACUCUCCUGUGUUAAAAAUAUUAUUAUUAGAUAAACAGAUUUUCUUCCCUGGUAUGUUUAAACCAGAGGAUUUUGGUGUUAUCCAGCAAAGGCUGUUUACAUGCAUUUCUUUAUAUCUACAGUUUUUGAAGCAAAUUUGAAAUAUUGACGGCCGAAGACUCGUCCAUCAAAAGGGGUUUCUUUUAGCGUCAGUUUGCAAACUGAUUAGCAGUUUCUAGAAAUGAAAUAUAAACUAAUUCAGGCCACCCCACACUCUUUCAUGGAGCUGCUUCUUAGCGAGGCUGUACAAAGGAUGCAGGACUCCAAUGUGCUGCCUUUCUCGUAUUAUAUUUAAGGAAAAAUAGCCCUUUGCAGCUUAUGUGAAUUGCUAAGAGUUAACAUAGAAUGCACUGUGAAUAUACAGUUUAAUUAUUCUGGUAUUUUUGCAAGAUCUUUUCUUGUGGGAGUCAAUAUAUUCUAUCGACCGCCUGUUCUGGCGAAGUCCUGUUGCAUUUUAUAACCAAACAUUUCUUUCAGAUACAAGUCCAAAGUUAAAACCUCUAAAUAAAAAGAAGAUAAAUCUUGAAA